AUGUCGAACAAAUCCGGCUCGGGCGCCCCCUCAACCAUCCCGCCGAAAGAUAAGCCCUCGGAACCCGAUAUUUUACAUGAGUUGGAGGGGCACUUCUCUCCUGACCCGCUCCGUGAGAAGGGCGCCUGGUCUCCUCGCGCCAGGUCUCAAGCGUCUAGCAAGAGCGACGCCCCCUCAGACGCUACACCAAUCAGCUCUCAGGCCACGUCUACACGUGACACUGCGGACAAGGGCGCGGCGGCGCCUCCCUCGAAGCCCCCUGCAAACCCUGCUAGUGACCAAUCGGCGCCCUCGAAUUCCCAACCAAGUAAGUAA